AGCUGCCUAAGACCCUCCUUCAGGCAUCUCGAGGGACAUUCCUAUUCUGCCCACCGCUCCUUCCAGGCAGUGCCAUGCGACCCCUGUGGCUCUGCUGGGCACUCUGGGUGCUGCCCCUGGCCGGCCCCGGGACGGCCCUGACUGGGGAGCAGCUCCUGGGCAGCCUGCUGCAGCAGCUGCAGCUCAGCCAGGCGCCGGUACUGGACAGGGCCGACAUGGAGGAGCUGGUCAUCCCUGCCCACGUGAGGGCCCAAUACCUGACCCUGCUGCAGCGCAGCCACGGGGACCGCUCCCGCGGCAAGAGGUUCAGCCAGAGCUUCCGAGAGGUGGCCGGCAGGUUCCUGGCGUCGGAGGCCAGCACGCACCUGCUGGUGUUCGGCAUGGAGCAGCGGCUGCCGCCCAACAGCGAGCUGGUGCAGGCCGUACUGCGGCUCUUCCAGGAGCCGGUCCCCAAGGCCACGCUGCACAGGCACGGGCGGCUGUCCCCGCGCAGCGCCCGGGCCCGGGUGACCGUCGAGUGGCUUCGCGUCCGCGACGACGGCUCCAACCGCACUUCUCUCAUCGACUCCAGGCUGGUGUCCGUCCACGAGAGCGGCUGGAAGGUCUUCGACGUGACCGAGGCCGUGAACUUCUGGCAGCAGCUGAGCCGGCCCCGGCAGCCGCUGCUGCUACAGGUAUCGGUGCAGAGGGAGCAUCCGGGCCCACUGGCGUCCGGCGCCCACAAGCUGGUCCGCUUUGCCUCGCAGGGGGCGCCGGCCGGGCUUGGGGAGCCCCAGCUGGAGCUGCACACCCUGGACCUCGGAGACUACGGAGCUCAGGGCGACUGUGACCCUGAAGCACCAGUGACCGAGGGCACCCGUUGCUGCCGCCAGGAGAUGUACAUUGACCUGCAGGGGAUGAAGUGGGCUGAUAACUGGGUGCUGGAGCCCCCGGGGUUCCUGGCUUAUGAGUGUGUGGGCACCUGCCAGCAGCCCCCGGAGGCCCUGGCCUUCAAGUGGCCGUUUCUGGGGCCACGACAGUGCAUCGCCUCGGAGACUGCCUCGCUGCCCAUGAUCGUCAGCAUCAAGGAGGGAGGCAGGACCAGGCCCCAGGUGGUCAGCCUGCCUAACAUGAGGGUGCAGAAGUGCAGCUGUGCCUCAGAUGGGGCACUCGUGCCAAGGGGACUCCAGCCAUAGGCGCCUGGUGUAGCCACCGAGGGACUUGACUUGUGUGUGUUUCUGAAGUGUUCUAGGGUACCAGGAGAGCUGGUGAUGACUGAACUGCUGAUGGACAAAUGCUCUGUGCUCUCUAGUGAGCCCUGAAUUUGCUUCCCUUGACAAGUUACCUCACCUAGUUUGUGCUUCUCAGGAAUGAGAGUCCUUGGCCACUGGGGAGCCCUUGCUCAGUUUUCUCUAUUCUUAUUAUUCGCUGCACUAUAUUCUAAGCACUUACAUGUGGAGAUACUGUAACCUGAGGGCAGAAACCCAAAUGUGUCAUUGUCCUGUCACUGGAUCUGGGCUAAAUUCCUCCACCACUAUGGACCUAAGACCUGGGGUUAAGUGUGGGUUGUGCAACCCCAAUUCAGAUAAUAAAGACUUUGUAAAACAUGAAUAAAACACAUUUUAUUCU